AUGGGGUUGGACCUGACUGUUAAGAUGGAACUAGCUGAGGCUUUGGAGCAGACAGAUGAUAUUAUUGAGACUGUCCAGCGUGAGCCUCCUCCAGCCAGACCCGUGCCUAGUGAAGAAAAAUCUCUUCAUGAAAAACUGUACGACAUUUAUGUUGAAGAAUGUGAAAAAGAGCCAGAGGUAGAGGGACUUAGAAGCAAUGUCAACUUGCUAGAGAAGCUUCUGAGAAGAGAGGCGCUGCCAUGUUUAGUGGUCAACCUGUACCCAGGAAAUCAGGGCUAUUCUCUCAUGCUGAAGGACAAAAGUGGGGAGCUUAUCGAGUCCUUUCCAGUGCCUUAUUUAGGACAGAAGCUGCUUGAGUACUUGGACGCUGAAGAGUUACCUUCUUUUCUGAUUGAUGUCCUGGAAAAGUCUCCUGUGAAUGUUUUUCACCAUGGAUGUGUCAUAGCAGAAAUCCGAGACUACAGGCAAUUCAGUGACGUCCAACCUCCUGGGGAGCUUAGUGCAGCGCCUGCUGUGUCAUCUGAUGUGUCUUCUGCUGCAUCGCCUUCUGCUUACCAAACUCGGCAUAUUCUCUUACGGCCCACGAUGCAGAGUCUAGUAAGCGAUGUAGAGUCCAUUACAAGUGAUAACCCUCAGUGGACUGAGGAAGAAAAACUUGAGCUUGAGAGCCAACUGAUUUUAGCUACAGCUGAGCCACUGUGUCUGGAUCCCUCUGUUACUGUCGCCUGCACAGCCAACAGACUGCUGUUUAGUGAGCAGAGGCUGAUGACAGACUCUAUGAGACAAUGCUACACAAGUCAUGAGUGGCCUUUUCUGGAGCUGGAGGAAGAACAGUAUAUAUGUACAACUCCUCCUGAUGUUUCAACAAUGGUCGCUUGCAGAAAACAAGCAGAAACAAAAACAGGUGACCAAUAUGAUCUGAAGAUUGCUGAAGCAGGAAAGUGUGUAGACACAUGGAAGCAGAGACCCUGUGAAUUAGAGGCCCCCGGAGAAGUGGAUGUGCAUAAAUAUGCUAGAGGGAAGCAAGCCAUGCCCUGUGAUGAUGCAGAGUCAACAGCCUGGUUACCUCCUGAGGUAAAAUAUGAUUAUCCACUUGAGUCUGAAGAGAGCAGUCAGCCAUGGGAAGCAAAGCCCAGUACGAAUCAGCUGGCCUGGUUCAGCAAACCUUUUGGGGAGUGA